AUGCGUACUAGGAGCAAUUCCGGUGUCCGCCUGGACUAUUACCACCGACUCGUCCACAAAAUAAUCAUGUCGAACCAAAACCCGGUCACGGGGCUGUUUCCAGCAAGUUUGGAGAACAGCCACGCCUGGAUCCGCGACAACGUCUAUUGCAUCUUCGCGGUGUGGGGCCUUUCAAUGUCUUACAAAAAAAUGGCUGAUCAGGACGAAGACCGGGCCAAGACUUACGAGCUGGAACAGUCCUGUGUCAAACUAAUGCGGGGCCUUUUAAUGGCAAUGAUGCAACAGAAGGAAAAGGUCGAGCGUUUCAAGCAAACCCAAAACCCGCUUGAUUCCCUCCACGCCAAAUACUCGUCCCAAACGGGCCAGAUCGUGGUCGGUGACAACGAAUGGGGGCACUUGCAGAUCGAUGCCAUUUCGCUGUAUUUGUUGAUUCUGGCGCAAAUGACGGCAUCGGGCCUCCAGAUCGUGUUUAAUCUAGACGAGGUCGCGUUUAUUCAAAAUUUGGUGUUUUAUAUUGAGUGUGCCUAUUGCACCCCCGAUUACGGUAUUUGGGAACGUGGGGAUAAAACGAACCACGGUUUACCGGAGCUCAAUGCGAGUUCCAUCGGCAUGGCGAAGGCUGCGCUUGAGGCCAUGAACGAGUUGGAUUUAUUUGGGGCCCGAGGGGGGCCUUACAGCAUAAUACACGUUUUGGCCGAUGAGGCCCAAAAGUGCCAAGCGGUUUUACAAUCAAUGCUCCCACGGGAGUCAAGUUCAAAGGAAAUAGACAGCGGGUUGUUGUCGGUUGUUAGCUUUCCUGCUUUUGCAGUGGAUGAUCCUGAUUUACUCCAAUACACUAAGGAUCAAAUUAUUGAAAAGUUGCAAGGUCGAUACGGGUGUAAGCGGUUUUUGCGGGAUGGCUACAAGACACCGAAAGAGGACCCCCGAAGGCUGUACUACGAGCCUUGGGAGCUCCGCAUGUUCGAAAACAUCGAAUGCGAAUGGCCGUUAUUUUUUUGUUACCUAAUCAUCGAAAAUUGCUUCAGGGGUAACAAGCAAGGAGCGGCUGAAUACACCCAACAACUCGAAAAUAUCAUGAUACGCACUGAGGACGGCUUGAGAUACGUCCCGGAAUUAUAUGCAGUUCCGCAAGAACUGGUAGAAGCGGAGUAUAAGGAGCCAGGGACCCAGAAAAGGGUGGCUUUGGGACACUGUCCCUUUCUGUGGGCCCAAUCUCUUUACAUCGUUGGUAAGCUGUUGCAAGAGGGAUUUCUAGCUCCUGGCGAACUGGAUCCCCUAAACCGUCGUCUCUGUUCGGAGAAAAAACCGGACGUGGUGGUCCAAGUCGUGAUUUUGGCCGAAGACAACGAAAUUAGGGAUAAACUCGCAGAGCACGACAUUAUGGUGCAAACAAUCAGCGAAGUGGCCCCCAUUGAAGUGCAACCAGCUCGGGUUUUGUCACAUUUGUACACUUAUCUCGGGAGAAACAAAAAGUUGGGCUUGUCGGGGCGUAAAUCCCGCGACGUUGGGAUUCUCAGCACUAGCAAACUGUAUUCAUUGGGGGACAAAAUCUUCGCGUUCACGCCACAGAAUGUUGAUAUGGACGAAUAUUACACAAGUUACGACAUGGCACUCUUGGCUGAUAAAUUAGUGACUCAUUUCGCCUUCUUAACUAUGAAUUGGCGAAACAUGCUUGGCAGACCCACGAUUACGCUUGUCGCAGCGAAAAGCUACUUAGACGAUGGAAAAAUCCCCCUAGCUAUGAUCACCACAAUGAAGAAACUCAAAUCGGGUUACAUCAACGGCACGAGAGUCACUCUAGGCCACCUCAACGAUUUUCUCAGCACGAGCUGCAUCACUAAUUUGAGCUUCCUGGGGUGUCAUGAGGACGGCUUACCCGACAAAUUGAACCCCCAAGUCCACCAAUACCUCGAGGAGCACUUGGUGAAGUCACUCUCAAGCAAAUCGUCGCUUCUUAAACAAACCCACGGCAGAACCACCAGAAAACACAUGCGACGGCGAAUGUCAGUGCGUGGCGCAAUCAAGAAAACAAGGUCAAUCAACGUCGAUUGUAAGUUGUGGGUUUCAAACGCUUUCAAUAAAUUAUGUUCAGCUGAUAUUUUCAUGCGGCCAAUUUUGCUCAAACACGCCGAGACACUGGGCAUGGAAGGAAACACAACCAUUGAACGUCGCGGUUCAAUGUUCCUCACCAACUGGCAAGACACCGUCGACAGUGCAUCGCCACUCGAACACGUGCGAUCCCCAUCCCCCGAAAACGCCCCCCAGGUCCCCAAAGACUUGCAACGCAAAAACAUCCCCAACAUAAACGUGACGCGCCACAAAACCAACUCCGAAACGCAAUACGCCGACACCGAGGUCGAGGAGUUGUUCGCAAUGUUGCGCGAGUCUGAGUCUCUGGAUGAACAAGGCGACAUCCUCCAGUACCUUGUCGACUCCAAAGGGCUGGAUUUCCACACUGGGAUGCUCGAUUUCGGGAAACCGAUCACAGUGCGCGAUUUGCUCAAAGGCUUGUAUGAGAAGGCGUGCCAGCAGAAGAUGUGGGGCUUGGUCAGACACACGGCCGGGAUGUUGGGGAAACGAGUCGAAGAUUUGGCCAAAUCGGUGACUGAUUUACUAGUGCGUCAGAAGCAAAUUACAGUGGGGAUGCCCCCACACAACGAGCAUACGAUCACGGCCCCCUUGCCGGAAAGCGAGUUGAGACUGUUGAUUCAUGACGCUUAUGGCGAGGACGACAGUACGGCAAUGCUGACGCAAGAGUUGUUAGUCUACCUUGCCAUGUUCAUAAGAACUGAGCCACAAUUGUUUUUGGAAAUGUUGAGAUUACGAGUCGGGUUGAUAAUUCAAGUCAUGGCAACGGAAUUAUCCCGAACGCUGAUUUGCGACGGGGACGAAGCGUCCGAGCAUUUGCUUAAUCUGAGUCCUUUUGAAAUGAAAAAUUUGCUACAUCACAUAAUCAGUGGGAAGGAAUUUGCAAUCAGUAGCGUUGGUAGAGGGAAUUUCUCGAUUGUUAGCAACAAAUCAAGCCGAAUUAGUAAAAAAAGUCAUAUCAGUUUAGGUCAAGACAGCAAUGAUGAGAUGAUAGAGGGGGACAGGCAAGGGCAGUGGUUAAGACGGCGCCGGCUGGAUGGGGCCUUAAAUAGGGUCCCCCGUGAUUUCUACCCCCGGGUUUGGAGUGUCUUAGAACGGUGUCAGGGUAUAGACAUCGCGGGCAAAGUCUUGCCGCAAAGCCUGACGCAAGAGAUGACCUCUGGUGAGUUAAAAUUCGCUUUAGCGGUCGAAACGGUCUUGAACACAAUCCCACAACCCGAAUACCGCCAAUUAAUAGUUGAAGCUUUGAUGGUUCUAACUUUGGUGGCGGAAUACAACAUAGCGCCGUCUCUAGGCGGGAUUAUCCAAGUUGAACAUUUAGUCCACAUCGCUAAUGAAUUAUUUCUCGACGAUCAGAUGAAAUGUGACGGUGAUGCCACAUUAUGUUGUGCCAAACCCAAAGAAAUGAGGGAAACGUCCAAAACUGGAGGCUUGUUAUGUGGCGGCGCUGCAUACAUUUGCCAACAUUUUUACGACAGCGCUCCGAGCGGCUGUUAUGGGACUAUGACCUACAUGACGAGAGCAGUGGCUGUGACUUUGGACUGUCUUCCAAAACAAGGAGAACUCGAUUGCACAAUUAGUUAAUUAUGUUUUAUUGUUGGAGGGGUUUAUUGUUUAAUAAAAAAUAGUUCUAUGAA